AAAGAUAUUGGUUCAAGGAUAUCUCUUCAUUUUAACAUAUUUUUCUUUUACCGAGACUUUAUCAACAAGUUAUUCUGUCUUUAUUAUAUGUUGCCUGAGUGGAGGACUAUGGCUGCCCGCCUGGCUUUAAACUUUAAAUUCAGGCUAGAGAUGGAAAUGGAAAUGUAUUCCUACUAGCUGGACUGCCUGGGGAACUAUUACAUCAGACGAAAUGACAAUGAUUAAAAUCUGCUAAAUCUAAAUCUGAAUCUACUCAGCGACUGACACUUGCCUGUUAGGUUUCUUGCCCCCCUCCAAAUCACAACUUCACACCGUUAAGAGGAACGGUCUACUUUUUCUCCGUAAAAUUCAAGAUAAGUUAUUAUAUCUGUGUAGCCAUAAUUUCAGGAAUAGGGGGGUAUCACGUUCUCUUCCUUGAGAAAAUUGCCUAGGCGAGAGAGUGGAGUCGAGCUAAUUGUAGCCUAAUCCUUGGCCCAGAGGCGCUUGAGCAGCCCGGAGCAAGAAUUUUCUUUUUUAGCUCCGCUCUGUUAUUUAGAGAAGGAUUAUUGGCUUUCUUCCUCUCAUAACAAACCACAGGGGCAGUUUCAUUUAGGCAAAAAGACAGACAAGAGACAGAAAUACGAAGCAGGAUCCCAACAAGAGCGCACAUUUUACGCGUAUCCAAAUAAGAGCAGAGAAGGGGAAGGAGAUCAUCUCAUCUAUGUUCAAGGUUCGUGCUGGAGCUGGAUGGCGGUGUAGUUUUGACAGAAACUCGGGGGCAUUUGGAGAAAAUAUUCAGGGGUUACGCGGACAGCAGCUGGGACUGACCGCCGGCGCGGAUUUCCUUUGGACUCCCUACAAUGUUUGAAACGGAGGGAAGAAGCAUGUCACGGCUGUCUCUGACCCGGUCCCCGGUCUCUCCUCUGGCCGCUCAGGGGAUCCCUCUGCCGGCUCAGCUGACCAAGGCGAACGCCCCGGUGCACAUCGAUGUCGGGGGACACAUGUACACCAGCAGCCUGGCGACCCUCACGAAGUACCCAGACUCAAGAAUCAGUCGCCUGUUCAAUGGCACCGAGCCCAUCGUGUUGGACAGCUUGAAGCAGCACUACUUCAUAGAUCGGGACGGCGAGAUAUUCCGCUACAUUCUCAGUUUCCUGAGGACCAGCAAAUUGCUCCUUCCAGAUGACUUCAAGGACUUCCACCUGCUGUAUGAGGAGGCGCGCUAUUACCAGCUGACGCCCAUGAUCAAGGAGCUGGAGCGUUGGAAGCAGGAGCGGGAGCAACGACGGAUGGCACAGCCCUGUGACUGCCUCGUAGUCCGGGUCACACCUGAUCUCGGCGAGAGGAUUGCCCUGAGUGGGGAGAAGGUGCUCAUAGAAGAGAUCUUCCCUGAGACUGGAGAUGUUAUGUGUAACUCAGUCAAUGCUGGCUGGAACCAGGACCCAACACAUGUCAUCCGCUUCCCUCUUAAUGGCUACUGCAGGCUCAACUCAGUCCAGGUUCUGGAGCGUCUUUUCCAGAAGGGUUUCAGUGUGGCGGCGUCAUGUGGAGGCGGCGUAGAUUCCUCCCAGUUCAGCGAGUACGUGUUGUGUCGUGAAGACCGACGGAGUCUCUCCAUCAACACGCCUAUCAGAAUAAAACAGGAGCCGCUGGACUAGAGCAUUCUGGGAGAGGGACUGGCAACGCCCCCGCCACCCUGCGACACUCCUUCCAUCUUGUCACACCACGCCAGCCUACCCCACCCACCUCUUCCCCUUCCUUGCCCCCAGCGAAACCACAACAAUCCUCAACAUACCUAAGUAUUAGCAGAGGCCUGUUAACCUCGCCAGCUCUGCAAAACUCUAAGGGGAAUGUAGAACCACACAGUGAAAAAACAAAAGAAAAAUCAGCUGCAAAAGUUUUUGAUUAUGUCAAAUGAUGCCCAAGGAAUCUGGGACUGUGAUGAAAACAAUGAAAACUGGAUGCCGCAGCAGCUCACAGCUCACCAUUUUUAGCAGUAACUGGUUGAUUUUCUUUUACCUACUUAUGGAAAAGGUAUCCUGAAUCUUUUAGAGGGAUUAUCCUUCAUUUGAACCCCAACACACAUAUGCACACAAUCCCUCUUCUCAUUCUUCCAGCAGUAUAUCUGUGUCUAUGAGACCCACGUCUUCUCUGGCUGGUGACAAGAGUGGCCCGCUCUGGGCCAAGGAAGCUUUGGCCGACAGGAUGCUUUUAAUAAUGGCAAGACAAAGGACAUAAUCUAAUUUUUUAAGUCCACUGAAAGGUCCCAAACCCCAAGACUCCAUCACCGUCACCCCACAGGCUUGGCUAUAGACCUUGCUGGACAAAGCAAAAUUUGCCAAACUGAUUGUUUAUUAGUUUUUCAUUGUUGUUUCUGAAGUAUGUUAUUCUUGCUCUUUUAGCUGUUUUUAUCAUGACAUGGUGUAAACAAUUAUUAUUAAUAGGAUUAUUUUUAAUGUCUCUUCUUUCCUUUCUCCAAAAUGAAGGAUGUAUGAACAUUGUAUUCAUUAGGCUUUGAAAGCUUGCGAGGGAGUGUUUCUUGGCAAUAGCUGCAGAAACUCAGAUGUCUGCAGGCUAUGUGGCUAAAGCAAUCUGACUGGCAAUGCAUUCAGAGCCAGAAAAAGUCCCAUUGUUCAAACGGGAUCGGAAGAAAACCUGGAUGUUCCGACACUGUUUUUAGUCAAACGUGAUGCACAUAAAAACGGGAAAAGAAAAGAAAGUACUUCUGCUUAUUAGCCCUUAAACAUAUCUGGGGUCUCUGAUUGGAUUCUCACAUGCGAGCAGCAAACAUUUGCUCAUAUUUAGCACAAGUUUCAUAGCGUUUGUAAAUUUAAGAAUCAGGACAAAAUUGCACAAGCUGUAAGUGUAUUGCAGUUUUGUUGAGCUCGAAUGUUAAGAGACUUGAGGACCAGCGGGGGAUAGCUGACGUUUACCAGUAUGUCUCAUGUUCAGCGAGAGAUGUACUUUAAAUGCUAAAUGUUUCUUUGCACUUAAACAUUUCCCACAGAGCUGCCCUGCGCUGCUCCCUCUGAACACUUGUUUGAACCCAGGGAGCGGCUGCAAGUCAAGCUGUUAAUCUGUGACUGCGAGAUUAAAGUAUUCAAGAAAACAGAAAGAAAAAAAGGAAAAAAAAUAAAAAAUGUCCAACAGAACAAACACUCUAGGUACCAAAGUAGAUAAGGUGCCUGUUUUGUUGAUUGUACAAAUAUAAAGAUGUUUUUUGUGCAGUUUAUAGAAAAAGACGUAAUGCAUUAUUCAAAAGUUAACUGUAUGAAGGAUAACAACAUUUGAUCCUCCGGGCCUCCAGUCUUGACAGUUGUGUUGAGAGUAGCUCAAAGUACCUUCAGAACGUUUGAGAGACAAAGUCUCUGAUUUAAUAUUGUCACUUCUAAGCAAAGAUUAUUUCAGUGGUUCUUCACACAUGUAUGGCAGAAGCUAAAGUGAACUGCAUACCCAGCAUCAGUAUGUUGUUCACAAAGAGGCGGGUGGGCGGCAUUUACUCCGUCCUGCUCUCAUUCUUUUGGUCUUAUUCUCAACAUUUCUGGAUCAAAGACAGAAACAAGAAAGGCCAAGUUUUCAUGCUUUAUAUUUGUGAGUAACUUACACAUGCCGUUUCUUCCAUUCCAAAAAAAAAAAAAAAAAUGAAGUCUAUUCUGAUCUUUGUGGGUGUUGGCAGUUGCUUGAGUUAAACUGGAAUUGUUUAUAGUUGUUCAUUAAACAUGGGCUGUGGCUGCUCUGACCACAUUGUCCUAAUAGAAUCUGUUCUUUCUGAUUAAACAAAACCAGUGAGUGGGUAAAGAUGGGCUCGGUUUAAGUGUAGCUGCGAGUCUGGUGCGGUCUUUCCUGGGGGUCUUUCUCACAAUCAAGCCAGUCUUUGUUCUGACCUGCCAGUGGCCUGUGCUUUUACAUCCAGUCUCCUCAAAGGGAAUGGUCAACCAGGCCUUUCAUGUGCCGAGGCAUGUUGAGCUCUCUGCAGCGCUCCUCACCACCCCGCUCCUGCCCCCUCCCCCCUAAAGGCACCCAGCUCAGUGGUGCCAGUAGAAACUCAGAUUGCACCCCCUGCUGCUGUGUCAUCCUUCAUGCCCCCAUUUUCCAAAUGCCCUCCUACGCCACAGCUCGCUGGGCCACACCGCAACAAACCAAACAAACUGAUGAGUCAAAACACGAGCACGCUCAGAACAUACUGCAGUGCAGCCAGGCGACCUGACUGCUGCUGAAACCAACAGCCUUGAUACUUUUUAUUAAGUGGGAAAAACUAAUCUGGGUUACUUUCUGAUUGGAAAGAGGCAAAAAAUUAUCAUUAAUGUGCCAUUUUGAAAUGCUAAAAAAAAAAAAAAACUUUUAACAACUUUCAAGAGCCUUUUGAGCUGACAUGCAUCAGUAAAAUAAUAAUACUGACAGCUAAAAUUUAGAAAUUUAAACAAAGAAAAAAGAAGAAUUUAGACUUUGAUUUUUAUGACUGCAAUAACCAAACCUGGGAAGCUGUUUUUGACUCGGUAUAUUAAUGACAGGUUUACUGCAGAGCUACACAAACAUGACAGGACAGGAAAUUUCACAGACAUGUUCACUCACGUCACCCUUUUCAGAUGAAGAACCGGUCAGUGUUCAGCCAGUCCACAUGUACAGUUAUUGUAUAUUGAAUUAUCAGGACUCUGGGUUUUACAGGACCCUCAUGUUUUUAAGCGACCUUGUAGUCCUUAUUGCUAAAAGAAUUAAAAGAAUUCCAAACAUUACAUUGUGUACAUAUGGAUUAAAACAUUUCAAAGGGUAUAAUAAGGUGCAAAUGUAUAUUAUUUAAAGGUGUUUAAAACAAUUAGAUUGUGGUAUUAAAGGGCAUGUGUUCAUUUA